UUGUAUAUUUUGGUGUAUUUUUACAAAAGCAAAAAUAGUUGCCAUUUCCAUAACUUUACCAUCAUGGCUGAUGAGGGAGCGAAUCCGGAAAAAGAAGCAGAAAAGAAAAUCGUGCACACAUAUCCGCUUGUUAAGCAUUCAGAUAUGAACGAAGAAAUGCGCACAGAAGCUAUAGAGAUGAGUAUUACAGCUUGUGAAAAAUAUUCGAGCAAUUAUGAGCAAGCGGCACGUGUUAUCAAGGAAACCAUGGAUAAGAAGUUCGGUAUUUAUUGGCAUGUGGUUGUUGGUGAAGGCUUUGGAUUUGAAGUUUCCUACGAAACCAAAAAUAUUUUAUACCUUUUCUUCGGUGGAAAUUUAGCAAUUUUGCUAUGGAAAUGUUCAUAAUAACAAGAAACACAAAAACUGAAAUACAUGUGUGACCGUGUGUACGUAAAAACGUUACUAUGCAGAAAUCAGUUAAAAACGAAAUUACAUACUAUUACGUAAAGAAAAUAUAAUAAUAA